UUUCGGGAUCUCUUCGGAGCCAAGUAAGGCCUCCCCCCCCUUUUUUAUAAAGGACCUCGUGCAAUAAAAGUGCAGAAACAAACACAGGCGACCACAACAGCAGCCGCGGCGGCAGCAGGCGGAGGAAGAGGAGGAGAAGCUGCGAGCCGGGGCAGGCGCCCCGGACGGGCUGCGAGCAGCUCCCAUUCAUUAAGGAAGCCGCGGCGGAGGAAGGUGGCCCGGCGCCCGCGCCGCGCGCUCACCCCGCUCGCGCAGCCGGACCCGCGCCAGCCCCGCGCGCCCCGAGCGGCUCAGCUCUCCGCAGAAGUUUCCGCUCGGCCUCCGGCGCUCGCCGUCUCCGCCUCCCCGGACUCUCGGACGGCUGCGGGCUGAGAGAGGAGCGCGGCGGCGCGGCGGCGAGCAGAGCACAGCUCGGGCUGCAGUGCGAAGCGCGCGGCGGGCUGCACCGUCGCCGCCGCGUCCCCGAGCAGCCGCGGCCGGGAGGCGGGCCGGGCGCGCGGGUGUGUGGCCGCCGCCGCCGCCGCCGCCGCCGCCGGGCGUCCUCGCGGGGCCGGAGGCUCGCGCCGCAGCCAGCGCCAUGCAAAACUACAAGUACGACAAGGCGAUCGCCCCGGACAGCAAGAACGGCGGCAGCCCGGCGCUCAACAACAACCCGAGGAAGGGCGGCAGCAAGCGGGCGCUGCUCAUCUGCCUCGACCUCUUCUGCCUCUUCAUGGCGGGCCUGCCCUUCCUCAUCAUCGAGACAAGCACCAUCAAGCCUUACCACCGAGGGUUUUACUGCAAUGAUGAGAGCAUCAAGUAUCCUGUGAAAACUGGCGAGACCAUAAAUGAUGCUGUGCUCUGCGCUGUGGGGAUUGUCAUUGCCAUCCUUGCGAUCAUCACUGGGGAGUUCUACCGCAUCUACUACCUGAAGGAGAAGUCCCGGCCAGCGAUUCAGAAUCCCUACGUGGCAGCCCUCUACAAGCAGGUGGGCUGCUUCCUCUUCGGCUGUGCCAUCAGCCAGUCCUUCACAGACAUUGCCAAAGUCUCCAUUGGGCGCCUGCGUCCUCACUUCUUGAACGUCUGCAACCCCGAUUUCAGCCAGAUCAACUGCUCCGAGGGCUACAUCCAAAACUACAAAUGCAGAGGUGAUGACAGCAAAGUCCAAGAGGCCAGGAAGUCCUUCUUCUCUGGCCACGCCUCCUUCUCCAUGUACACUAUGCUGUAUUUGGUGCUUUACCUGCAGGCCCGCUUCACGUGGCGCGGGGCCCGCCUGCUCCGGCCCCUCCUGCAGUUCACCCUGAUCAUGAUGGCCUUUUACACAGGACUGUCGCGUGUGUCCGACCACAAGCACCAUCCCAGUGAUGUGCUCGCGGGAUUUGCUCAAGGAGCCCUGGUGGCCUGCUGCAUAGUUUUCUUUGUGUCCGACCUCUUCAAGACCAAGACGACCCUCUCGCUGCCUCCCCCUGCUCUCCGGAAGGACAUCCUUUCGCCUGUGGACAUUAUCGACAGGAACAAUCACCACAACAUGGUGUAGCUGCCGCCCACCUCCUGAGCUGUUUUAUAAAAUGACUGCUGACAGCAAGCUCUUGCUGCUCUCCAAUCUCAUCAGACAGUAGAAUGUAGGGAAAAACUUUUUGCCCAACUGAUUUUAAAAAGGAAAAAAAAAAAGUCUUACUUUGUGGCCUUCCAAAAUAGGUAGGAUUCACCUAUGUGGAAACAACAGGAAACUAACACCAAGUGCCGAAAUCCUGGAUGUGCAAUUGGUCUAAGUGUUCAUGUUCUAGUGAACACGGGCUUGUUCUGGAACAGACACUAAAAUGAUUUGAGUAGAGUCUGCCAGUCACACUUGUGACUCGAGGAACCCCAGGCCUGUGAGAAAAGAUCAAAUUCAUGUUGUAGCACACAAUGCCAGAAGUAGCACUGAAUCAAGACAGCAGCCACUGGGGGGGCUCCCGUCUCGUGUCUCUCGGUCCACACCACUCUAAUCUGUGCUGUGCCUUUGGUUCGGGAAGUUCGGUUCUGUUCUGUUCAAUAUAAGGGCAGAGCAGGUGUGCCGAGUGAGGCCAUGAGAUCCUGAAUCCAGAUUCCCAGUCCUGAGGCCUUUCUCCCUCACUCCCCCAGCCCACAGGCCAGCAGCCACGGCCCCUCACUUUAGCAAUUAGGAGACUCUUUGUGGAUGAGUGAGUUUCACAAAUAGCACAAUUUCAAAAGAGAUAGAGGGUGCUGGCCCUCGUUUGUCUUCUUUGGCCGCAUCAUCCUGCGAUGCGAGGACUUCAGCUGCAGGAAGCCCCUGUUGUGUUCACCAGUCACCCGGCACCUGCACGCUCUUGGUCAUAGUGAGCUUUGGUCACUGCUUUCUCCCUGGAAGUCCUUGCUGUGUGCCCAUGGGGGGGGGGGCAUCUCCCGGGAGGGUCCCGACACCAGCAAAGGCGUGCUCUGCCGCCAGCUGACGGGAAGCAGCCUUACGUACAAGAGAUGGAGCGAAGGGGCAAGGUGAAAAACUCACCAACCUUUCGGCGGCUACUCAAAGUCAGAAUGAGCCAGAGCGGCAGAUGGCCCCGUGCCUGAGAGGCCGCCCUUCCAGAUCUCGGAGCGACGAGCCGCUCUGUGGGGGCUGCUCUUGCGGAGCUCUGUAAAGCACUAUUGUCUUGGGGUUGAUCUCUAGGGCAGUUCUUGGUAGGUUCUGCUGGGCAGAACACAUGGGUUCAAUCUCCGUAGAGUUCUUCUCAUCCUCUGUCCGUAAGUGUCCUUCCAGGCAAGGUCCCACGCUGGGCGGUAGACAGGGGUCCUUUCUACUGAACCUUCGAGGAGAGGAGGAAGGAAGAAAUACUUUCAGAUCACGGAUGCAGACCUUUCUAAGGGCUAAAUGUAACCACAUGGAUCAAGCACAUGUACGUCCUUACUCCAGAAGCCGUCCUUUUCAUUUCCACUUCUAGCAAGCUAUGAUUUUUAUAUAUAAAUAUUAUAUAAAUAAUGUAUAAAACAUUAAAAGUUAACUAUGUAAGAUAUUAUUUCUGAAACAAUUUUAGCUACAUCCACUAUGAUUAUAAAUUGUGUCUCGACCUGUGUUAUUUACAUUAGCUGCUUAAAAAAGCAUGGAGUUAAUUUUUUUUAAUAUCAACUAAAAUAUCGUAGUUCUGUGGUAGACAUUGUUUUAUAAUGAAAGAAAUAACUGCAACUAGAGAAAACUGUAUAAAAACAUUAAAGUGUCAGUAUUUUUGUAAGGUUCCAUUUUGUAAAGAGAAUAAUAUUCAAAGACUUUUGUAGAAUACAAAGUGAAAACUUGUAUCUGCGAAACUAUACUUGUAUUAAAUGUGCUUUUUAAAUAAAAGCUCAUAACACAACUAAAGAAGGAGUUGGAA